AUGAUUGCACUACUUACUGUCGACACAUUUAACCUUCACUUUUUAGCUCCAGAAGACGUGGGCAAACGGUAUGAUGUCGGUUCGGUGAUUGGAGACGGAAACUUUGCCAUCGUCCGCCGUGCCCGAGACAGAAGCAGCGGUCAGAAUUGCGCCCUCAAAAUCGUGGAUAAAUUCCGUAUUGAGGGCAAAGAGCGGAUGUUAAGGCGGGAACUUCGUAUCCUACGCCGAUGUAAUCACAACAACAUAGUUAAACUUCUGGAAGAAUUUGAAACUCCGACCCAGUUCUAUCUUGUGAUGGAGCUCAUUGAGGGUGGAGAUCUCUUUGAACUGAUCAGCAAAUUUCGGCGGUUCUCUGAAAAGGAAGCGUCAGUCAUGAUAACUGACGUAGCCAAGGCCUUGUUGUACCUACAUACGCACAGUAUUGUUCAUCGAGAUCUGAAGCCAGAAAAUCUUCUUUCUCAUACUUAUGGCUGUUUGAUUCUAAUUCAGUUUGAUUCAGUUUACCCUCUCAAACUCAUGUACUCAAUAUUAAUGAAUAGUACCUAUUUGCAGGUGACUAAAAGCGCAUCUGGAGAAUAUCACCUCAAAUUGGCCGAUUUCGGUCUAGCAACGGAGGUGACGCGACCUCUGCGAACAACUUGUGGAACCCCGACCUAUAUUGCACCGGAAAUGCUACUCGGAAUCGGUUAUGGACUUGAGGUUGACGUCUGGUCGCUGGGAGUCAUUUUUUACAUACUUCUUUGUGGAUACCCACCAUUUCGAAGCGCAACAAGGAGUCAAGCAGAUCUCUUUGAGCUCAUUAAACGAGGCCACUUCGAAUUUCACAGUCCACAUUGGGACCAUGUUAGUAAAGGUGAGCAACUGUUUUACUAA